UAACCCGUUCCAGCCAGACCCGGAGGUGCUUGGCAAGUGGCUUUGGCCUCCAUGAAGGCAGCGAGGACUCGGGUUACAGCUCCUGGGUCUCCUGGAAGGACCCGCCUAGGGGAGGACCCAAGGAGGGACGGGCUCAUCCAGCUCUUGCAAACUUGCCUCCCAGGAGCCAGUGUUUCGGAGCGGAGCAGUGCGUGAUGGACUCUGGGGCUGUAAAGCUUCUCUGAAACUUUCCUGUAAGGCACUUGGCUUUUUUUUUUUUUUUUUUUUUUUUUUUUUUUUCCCCUUGCUUGGAAAACACUUCUGCCCUCCAGAGAUGGGGAUCUCCUUGCUGGAUAGCUGCCCUGGUUUCCUGUGGUGGGGAGACCAAUGCUAAAUGUCAGGUUUGGAUGCAGUGGUUGUGCUUUCAGGACAGCAGCGAUGAAGCACUGUUUUUACAAUGAGACCGUGGGGUUCUUCUACAACAACAGCCGCAAAGAGCUGACCACGUACUGGAGGACGAAGGAUGUGCUGGUGGUUGCCCUGGGCCUGACGGUGAGUGUCAUUGUGCUCCUGACCAACCUGCUGGUCAUCACUGCCAUCAUCAUCAACCGGCGCUUCCACUACCCCAUCUACUACCUGCUGGGGAACCUGGCAGCGGCCGACCUCUUUGCUGGCAUCGCCUACAUGUUUCUCAUGUUCCACACGGGGCCCCGGACAGCAGAGCUCUCCCUGAAGACCUGGUUCAUCCGUCAGAGCUUGCUGGACACCAGUUUGACAGCCUCUGUGGUGAACCUGCUGGCAAUUGCUGUGGAAAGGCACCAGACCGUGUUCACUAUGCAGUUACACAGCAAAAUGUCCAACCAGCGCGUGAUGAUCCUCAUCUUCUGUAUUUGGGUCACGGCCCUGCUCCUGGGGCUCAUCCCGUCCUACGGCUGGCACUGCCUCUGUGCUCUGGAGAAGUGCUCCAGCAUGGCACCGCUCUACAGCAGGAGCUACCUGACCUUCUGGGCCAUCUCCAACCUGGUCAUCUUCCUGAUCAUGGUGGUCGUGUACACGCACAUCUUCAUCUACGUCAAAAGGAAGAUGACACGGAUGUCUAAGCACACUAGCUUCCACCCCCGCUACAAGGAGACCAUGAUCAGCCUUGUCAAGACAGUCACUAUUAUCCUAAGUGCUUUUGUUAUCUGCUGGACUCCAGGGCAAGUUGUGCUCCUCCUGGAUGGCUUGGGCUGCAAGAGCUGCAACGUUCUAGCGGUGGAGAAAUAUGUCCUUUUGCUGGCAGAGAUCAACUCGUUGAUAAACGCGAUAGUCUACUCUUACAGGGACAACGAGAUGCGUAGCACCUUCCGGAGGAUCCUCUGCUUUGUCUGUUACAGGAAUUCCAAAUACACCCCCACGGCGGUGAAGUUGAACACCACGGACCGCAGAACACUUUCUCAGAACGGGCACUUUACUGUGGAUUCCUCUAUUUAGUGCUCAGUCAGCAAGACGAGCGCGGUGCUGAAUGGCGGCUGCUUUCCGAGCAGAAGAGCAGAGGCGAAGAGUGACCUGCUUCUAAAGCAGCGGAGACUUUUACAUGCUCAAGCAUAAAUAUUUCUAUAAAAUACUUGUCAUCGAUAAAGGACAAGAUGCUUUUAAGGAACUGCUGGAUGGCGCGUUGUUUAGGACAAACAUACUUUGAGUAGUAUUCUUAUUAAAGACUGCUGUUUCUAAUGCAAAGUUGAUUUAAUUUAGCAGCAUCUGGAAGCAAGCUCUGUGCAACGGGAAUCUUGUGUGAUCUCUCAACAAGCAAAGUAUUUUCUUGGUACUUCAGUAUUACCGCCUUCAGAAAGAAUCGUUCCAGUGGCAGCGUGCUCCAAAGAGCCAAAGCUCUUCAGCUUUACGCGUUGUUUCCUAAACAGAGCUUUAGUGUUUCCCCAGAGAGCCUUAUCCAGGUUGUGUUCCACCCACUUCAGAAAUCAUAUUCUUCUUAAAUCCUCUUCUGAGAGGAAUCUGUUUGGAAUUGCUUCCUGAGAAGCAGAUUCCUGCUUUCCUAAGUGUGUGUGACUGAAUUUCAAAGUAUUCCGGGGUUUUGGAGGAUGUCUGAGAAGCACCUAAUUCUUUCCUAAAACGGAGAGCGGUGCUCUAACCAGUUGCAGUUGUGUUUGUGUUCUGCUAAGUGAUACCAUGUGGUAUUCACAAGUUCGUUGCCUAUUCAUAAAUGUGGAGUGAGUCAUGUUCCCAUUAAACCAUCUUUCUACUCGCUGAAAACCCUUUGGGACAGGUUUAGGUUAGAUUCCAAGGCAAUCAGUAUUUUGCCUUAGGUUUUAAUGUGCAGUUUGUACCUUAAUACUCAACUGCUCAAAUAACGUGUUAACAGUCUGUCCGUAUGUCGCCUUUCUCUCGGCAAAGCACCCUAAGAAAUUAGCGGCGCUAAUUAAUAUUAGCGGACGUAGGAUUUAGUUUUGUGGGUAAGUCCGUUGGCUGCAUCUGAUAUGGGAUGUAAACUGUUGCUCCUGAUUGCAAGGCCGUGGCUGGAGGGCAGAGGCUCUGCUGGCAGAAGAAUAUUCACAGCUGAGGAACCGUAAAUACUCCAGGUUUCCUUCACCUUCAAGCUGUUAAACUGUUAACAGUGUGAAAGUGCCUGUGACAGUCCGAAAAUCCAGAGUUUAGUUUUCCAUGGGCUUCUCUCAGAGCAGAGAGGCUAACAUAAGGCAGGUUUUUGGAAUUAUGGUCUAAAUUUAUAAUUUCAGGGUGCUUUUUUUUUUUUUUUUUUUUAUACAACAGCCCUGUUCUGAUCCUGCCUGAUCGCCUCAGCUGGCUUUGCAGAGAAGACAAUGUACGGGAGGCGUUGUUACUCAAAUGCGUGUGUAUGGACUUUUUCUUGCAAAACGUAGGAAGUGACCGUUAAGGUGACAGUCCCAUGGAUUGACUCAAACAGUCUUGGAAUAUGGUUCCCAUCUCUGUGUCCCAGAGACUUCUGGAAUAAAUGUUUUGUCCUGGGUUUUAGAAGAGAGGACUUGGCAUUUUUCCCAUCUCCCGAAGCCCUGGGAAAAGUAACAGCCUCCAGUUGUGUGUUGCGGUGCUGGGAGGGGAGGGAUGCUGCCCUUCACGCUCGCAUCCCUCAUGACUUGCUGUGUGGUGGCCCUGCUACUGGUCUGCCUUCUAGGCAGGCUGCCUCUGAGAGCAUCUGGCAGGAGUGUGUGUGUCUGGAGGGGUUAGAGCCUCCAGAAAGACCAGCAAGAGCUGGAGGAAGUAAUUUUCAGCCAGAGCUGGGGGCAAGACGACAGCCUUGGUCCACUGCUCACAAACAGGCUUGGCUGGCGUGGGGAAAGGUUGUGCAUGUAAGGCCUACCAGGUGGUAGGGCUAAGAGGAGGCUUCGCUUUAUUUUUUUAUUGCCAAAGAAGAUGACUAGUUGCUAGAAUACUAGAGAGUUUUCCCUGGAAAACACUGUUACAGGCACACACUGCGGUGGAAGCAGGGGGCGAAUUAGCAGGAGCUGGAGGAAGGCUGAAAUUGGUGAACACCUGGAGAGCUGUUACUGGGAGUGGUGGAGCUGGGGCAGAACAAACUUAGGUCGCUGCUUUCUGCUUUCCUGAAUAUCCCCAAAGCAGCAGGCACGCGAGCCCUACUUCAGGCAAAGCUGAGAUUACAAUUAAAGCAGAGCCUGGUGUGUGUUUGCUUUUAUUAACAAAGAGGGAAGGAGGAAAUAAGAAAGUUCGUGUUGCCUAGGGGUGGGACCAGUACCAGUCAGAUUUAAUUGGGGUGGCUGUAAGGAAUUGACUGCAUCUGGGUGUGAAUGAAUCUUUGUAGUGGGUGAGAUGACACUUGGCUCCUAAAAGAGCUGCAGUUGGCUUUUCUGCCCAGUUGGGCCUUUAAUAAGCUGCACACGUUCUUCCCCGAGGGAUCCGGUAACUCGGCUGACCUCAGCCUUCUGCUGGCUGCUUGUCGAGCCGCCUUCCAGCGAUGCCAUCCCACUCUGACAAGAGCUUUUGUGUAAGUACCCGCCACACAGGUAGAA